AUGGACUCUACGUCUCGGCCAAGUGAUAUAGCCUUACUGGAUGAAUAUCUCUCGCAUCCCGACCUGAAGCCAGGUGUUCCCUGGGGCUUUAACAUCUACCGCUGUGACUACAGCAAUGACAAGACGUGGCAGCACAUGCUGCACCUUAUUGAUGAAACUGUCCGCAACGCACUGGAGGUUAAUGACGCGAUGGACCUGUAUCCACGGUACAAGCCAGUUCUAGUGGAUGAUAAGGAGACCUUAGAAGGAGCAACCUCGCAUGAUGUCCGCGAUCAUUUUAUUGCUUGGGUGGCUGAGGAAUUGCCCCGGGUGGUAUCGCAACCAAAUGAGUUCUUCGCACGGGAAGAAUACACCUCAACCGGCCUUCGUCGAGAAUGGAAUUUGGAUGAGAUGAGGUAUCCUGUGGUGAAGUUGCUCUGGGGACAAUGGGGAACCUUGAAGCCCCAUGAACGAAACUAUGCUGUACAUCCAGAAUAUGAGGAUGGUGAGACAGAUGAGGAUGAUGAGGAUGUUGGCUGGACGUAUAUGAGCAUGGAUGACUAUAUGCAUUACUACGACCGUCUGAAUGAGUACGACUGGUGGUAUAACUACUACGCGCGGCCGCCCUACAUGAUUGAGCAGUAUGGGAAAAUUCCAGGAUCAUGGAGGAAGGGCUGA